CGUCUGAAUAGAUGUGGAAGCUAAAAACAAAGUAACGUGAACACCAAGCAGGAGCUGGCUCUGCCUACCAGCCCGCACUCAGGGCUUCACCGCCCCACGCCCUGUCUGAUUUUGGCCACGCCAGGCUGCCGUAGCCGUCACGAUGUUGCUGUUGGGGUUCACAUCAGCAGUUUUACUUCUGUGUUUAUUUUUCAUCAUUCGCCUUUAUAUCGUUGUGAAGACGGGCGCCAACUGCAAGCCUGGAAGCAAGGGUCGGGUCACUGUUCUGGUGGUCGCAGGAUCAGGUGGUCAUACCACAGAGGUCCUGCACCUGCUGCAGUGCAUGUCUGCAGCCUACACACCUCGACACUAUGUCCUCGCAGACACAGACAGGAUGAGCGAGGAGAAAAUUUGCACGUUUGAAAGCCUCAAACAACAGUCGGACUCACAGUUCACCAUCUGUCGGAUCCCACGGAGCCGCGAGGUGCACCAGUCCUGGAGCUCGUCUGUCGUCAGCACUCUCGAUGCCCUGUGCUAUUCCCUGCCUCUGGUGUUCAGGCUCAGACCGGACAUGGUGCUGUGUAACGGCCCGGGGACCUGCAUUCCCCUGUGUGUAGCAGGACUCCUCCUUGGGAUUCUGGGAAUAAAGAAAGUCCUGAUAGUUUACGCUGAGAGUAUUUGCCGUGUCCAGACGUUGUCGCUCACUGGGAAGAUCCUGUAUCCUGUAUCCGACUACUUCUUUGUACAGUGGUCGUCUCUGAGGGACAAAUACCCCAAAUCCAUUUUCCUGGGAAGAAUGGUGUGAAAGUGUCCGAUCCACACGGACUCAUUCCUGCUGUGUGAUGAAUAAAUGCUGUGUCUGUA